CCCGCCCGUCCACCCUCCCCCCCCCCCCUUCCUCCCUCCCCCAGCUCCCCUUUCUCCGCGCGAGCCCACCGUCCGUACCCACCCACACAGGUUGGGGUAUUGGGGAAUCAUGGGGUCAGUCCGACCUUCUCCACGGGGUUGAAUCCUCACGAUCCUUGCAGGCCCGCCGGACCAGCCGCGUUGAGCCAACCGCGGUCCGACUGUCAAGCGGGACCUAACGGCAAACCGUCCUUGUUGGGAUGAUGGAAGAAAGGCGGUUCUUUUCUUGGAAUGGGGGAAUUGGGGAAAGUGCCAGAUGCCUUCCCGGGGUCGUGGAUCGCCUCUGCAGCGUCGUAUAUUGGACCCAUGAGCGCGGUUGGAAUAAAGGAGGGCCUCUCCUGCGACUCUGAAGAGACGCGUUCUCUUCGUUCUCAUCCCCUUCCUCCUCCAACCUUUCCACGAGUCUCGCACUGAUACCGGGAGAGCCUCUGGACCAGCGACAAUGGCGAUCGCAGCCGCCAACAAUGCCGAAGUCGGCAAGUCCGACCCCAUCAUCACUCGGCUUGCCAACGAGGACAAGAAGCCCUUCUACAAGAAGCCGAACCUGUUCUUCCUGUACCUCAUGCUCUUUCCGACAUGCAUGGGUAUCGAGCUCACCUCCGGGUUCGACUCCCAGAUGAUCAAUGCGCUUCAGAUUGUCGACUACUGGAUCUCGUACUUCAACAACCCGCAGGGUUCCCUCAAGGGCAUCAUCGCGGCCUCUUACUCGCUCGGUGCCAUCCUGUCGCUUCCCUUGAUCCCCAUGGUCAAUGACCGCUUCGGUCGCCGCUGGUCCAUCUUCGGGGGCAGCUGUAUCAUGGUGAUUGGAGCAUUAAUUCAGGGUUUCUCGGUCCAUGUCGGCAUGUACAUUAUCGCCCGUAUGAUUCUCGGCUUCGGAAUCCCGACUUGCAUCGUUUCUGGUUCUUCGCUCAUCGGCGAGCUUGCCUACCCCAAGGAGCGCCCGGUCCUGACCUCGCUCUUCAACGUCUCGUACUUCGUUGGCCAGAUCGUUGCGGCCGCCAUCUGCUUCGGCACCAACAGCAUUCAGAGCGACUGGGCCUGGAGAAUCCCCUCGCUCCUGCAGAUUUGCCCCUCGUUGCUGCAGCUCACCUUCGUCUUCUUCUUGCCCGAGAGUCCCCGAUGGCUCAUCACGAAGGACCGUGCUGCCGAGGCGCAGGCCAUUCUCGCCAAGUACCACGGUGAAACCGACCGCGGGGCCGAGUUCGUUGCCGCCGAGUUUGCCCAGAUGCAAACCACGAUCCAGCUGGAGGUCGAGGCGUCUAAGAAGUCUUGGCUUGAUCUUUUCAAGACCGCCGGCAUGCGGCGCCGUCUCCUCAUCACCACCAUGCUUGGUCUCUUCACCCAGUGGUCUGGCAACACCCUGAUCUCGUACUAUCUCGGAGAUCUCCUCAGGCUCAUCGGGUUCGAGGACUCGCAGUACAUCCAAAGGAUCAACGUCUCCAUUGCGUGCUGGAGUUUGUUCUGCGGCGUUGUCGUCUCGCUCCUCGUCGUCAAGAUUCGCCGCCGUGUCAUGUACCUGAUUUGCACCUGCAGUCUGUUGCUGUGCUACAUCGCCUGGACGGUUGCCAUGGAGCGCGCCCAGACCGCCGAACAGUCGGGCCACCCGAACCAAGCGGCCAACGUCGCUGUGCUGUUCUUCAUCUACGCCUACUCGCCGUGCUACAACAUGGGCUACAACGCUCUGACCUACACUUACAUGGUCGAAGUUUGGCCCUACGCUGAACGCUCGAGCGGUAUCGCAGUCUUCCAGCUUUUCGGCCGUUUGGCCGGCUUCUUCACCACGUUCGUCAACCCCAUCGGUCUCGACAACGUCGGCUGGAGGUACCUCAUCUCGUACUGCUGCUGGCUCGCUUACGAAGUUGUCUUCGUCUACUUCUUCUUCCCCGAGACCCACGGUCGCACCCUGGAAGAACUGGCCUUCAUUUUCGAGGACAAGCGUCUGGCGGACGAGGCCGUUGCUGCGGUCGAGAAGGUUAUUGGCCACGACAACGAUGAUGUCGCUGUCGACGAGAAGCGCGCCACGGCCGAGACCAAGGAGAACGUGGUGUAAGCUGCCUCUGCUCUUGUGUAACGUAGCAAGGACGAGAGACUGUGAGCGGUUUGGGAAUACCCUGUCAUUACUUAAUAAGAGUGAUGACUUGCUUUGGAGAAGAUGCUUUGAUUACCUUGGGUUGUUGUCGUUCAUCCGGGCCAUACCAUUUUGUGGACAAACCAUUAGCAAACAAUGGCUGGUCUCGCGUUUAUAUUCUUUGCCGUUGCGCAUAAUUCACGAAGCAUCUUGCUCCCCCUUGCGA